UUCCUUCCCACACUUCCAUUGACCACUGAGACUGCUGGGGCUUUGAGAAUAACUUGGGGGUCAAGUGCCCGGGGCCUGGGGAGGCCAGGUGGUGGAUGGGGCAGGAGCACCUCCCACAGUGCUGCCGGGCUUUCACAGCUUCAGCCAGGCCUGGCAGGAGAGGGGAGGGAGGUUGAGCCGGGAUUAGCCGGAGUGGGGUGGGAGGUUCCUAGAGACUCACGGUAGCCAGAGAAGGGGUGCAGAUCAAGACAGUGCAUCAUGCCUCUGCAGGAUGACACCCUCCGAGAGGUGUGGGCCUCAGACAGUGGGCAUGAGGAGGAAGGCGGAAGCCCAGAGGUCCACAGGCGCCCCAAGCAGAGACCCGCCACAGGACAGAAGCUGAGGAAGAAGAAGACAGAGGCCCCCGAGUCCCCCUGCCCCAUAGGAUCCAAGCCCCGGAGACCUGGAGCGGGGAGGAGGGGGAAGCAGCGGGAGGAGCCUGUCCCUGACCCUGCAGAGGCCCGGGUGCCUCACACCCUCUACACCAAGUUCCUCAGGGACCCCGAAGCCAAGAAGCGCGACCCCCGGGAAACAUUCCUGGUAUCCCGUGCCCCUGACGCGAAGGACGAGGAUGAUGAUGAGGAAGAGGACAACCAGGGCAACGAGGAAGAGGAGGACGAGGAAAAGAAAGAGAAAAUCCCUCUGCCUCCCAAAAAGCCCCCUAAAGAGAAAACUUCUGCAGACACCAAGGAGAGGAAGGCCAAGGCCCAGGGUACAAGGGGGGACCUGGAAAGUCCUGUCCCCCCAUCAAAACCUCUUCGAAUUAAGAAGAAAGAGUCUCCAGCAGGGGAAGGGACCAAGAUAAGAAAGACAAGGAAGAAAGGGCCUGGAGAGGCUGACAAGGACCCCUCGGUGAGCCCAGCUAGAGUGAGGAAGAAGAUCCCAGCAGCCAUGUUUCUGGUUGGAGAAGGUGUUCCAGCUGAGAAGGCUUGGAAGAAGAAAGGUACUUCCAAAGGCCCAGAAGCGGAAAGGAAGGAGGAAGAAGAUAAGGAGGAAGAGAUGGCAACUGUGGCAACCAAGAAUAGCAAUCAGAAGGGAAAAGCAAAAGGAAAAGGCAAAAAGAAAGCGAAGGAAGAGAGGGCCCUGUCCCCACCUGUGGAGGUGGAUGAACCUGGAGAGUUUGUGCUGCGGCCUGCCCCCCAGGGCCGGACGGUGCGCUGCCGGCUGACCCGCGACAAGAAGGGCAUGGAUCGGGGCCUGUAUCCCUCCUAUUUUCUGCAUCUGGACACCGAGAAGAAGGUGUUCCUCUUGGCUGGCCGGAAACGCAAACGGAGCAAAACAGCCAAUUACCUCAUCUCCAGUGACCCUACCAAUCUGUCCCGAGGAGGGGAGAAUUUCAUUGGGAAGCUGAGGUCUAACCUCCUGGGGAACCGUUUCACCGUCUUUGACAAUGGGAGGAACCCACACCGUGGAGGAGGGGGCGCUGAUGUGGGGAGCCUGCGUCAGGAGCUGGCAGCCGUGAUCUAUGAAACAAACGUGCUGGGCUUCCGUGGACCACGGCGCAUGACUGUCAUCAUUCCGGGCAUGAGUACAGACGACGAGAGAGUCCCCAUCCGGCCCCGAAACGCCAGUGACGGGCUGCUGGUGCGCUGGCAGAACAAGACUCUGGAGAGCCUCAUUGAGCUGCACAACAAACCACCUGUCUGGAAUGAGGACAGUGGCUCCUACACCCUCAAUUUCCAAGGCCGUGUCACCCAGGCAUCGGUCAAGAACUUCCAGAUUGUUCACGCUGAUGACCCUGACUACAUCGUGCUGCAGUUCGGCCGCGUGGCCGAGGACGCCUUCACCCUGGACUACCGGUAUCCGCUGUGCGCCCUGCAGGCCUUCGCCAUCGCCCUCUCCAGCUUCGACGGGAAGCUGGCCUGCGAGUGACCUCAGCACCCCCUCAGCGCCCCCAGAGCCCGCCGGGGGGGGGAAGAAUUCAGUGGGGUCCCUUUUAUGAAAGCCCCCAAGGAAGACUCCUCCCUUGUCGGGGGCCGACCCUCACUGCCUCCCGGUGACCUCCGUCCACUCCCCAGCCUGGCACAGGGCGAGGCAGAGGAGGAGCGCAGAGCAGGGGUUGGACGGAGAUGAAGAACAUCUGGAGUUGGAGUUGCACAUCUGGUCGCGGAGCUCGCCUGCCCCGCCUAUCUCCCCCCCUCCCCGCGUCCCAGUCACUUCCUGUCCGGGAGCAGUAGUCCGUGUUGUUUUAACCCCCUCCGGGACCGCGCUAGGGCUCCGAGGAGCUGGGGCGGGCUCGGAGGAGGGGGUAGGUGAUGGGGGACUACGGCCGGGUACCCGCAUCCCGAAUAAAAGCC